AAUUAACCUAAAUAUUGCGUGCUAAAUCUCGUGACACACAACAAUCAAAAAUCGUGUUAAUUAUUUUAACCAAAAUAUGCUUUUAUAUUUAGCACAAGUAUGCUAAAUAAAACCCAUCAAAAGUUCGGAAUUCAGUUUUGAGUGUUUUAUUAUGGGUCAAACUCUGUCAGAACCAGUAACUGCCAAGAACACUGCAUGCUGCCAAAACGCCAGUUUCCAAGUGGGCUCAAGUUCUAUGCAAGGAUGGCGCAUCAACAUGGAAGAUUCACACACGCACAUUUUGUCAUUACCUGAUGAUCCAGACACUGCAUUCUUUGCAGUGUAUGAUGGACAUGGGGGUUCCAAAAUCUCAGAGUAUGCCGGGAAACACCUUCACAAGUUCGUUACAAACAGAGAGGAGUACAAAAAGGGAGAUGUCGAGGAAGGGAUGAAACAAGCUUUUCUUGAAAUCGACAGGGUUAUGCUUGAUGAGGAAUCUUUAAAAAAUGAACAAUCAGGCUCUACAGCAGUGGCGAUAAUUAUUAAAAACAACCUUUUAUAUUGUGCGAAUGUGGGUGACUCGCGAGCUGUUGCCAGUGUUGGAGGAAGAGCAGAACCCCUUUCAUUCGACCACAAGCCCUAUGUUAAAGAAGAAUACGAUCGAAUACUCGCCGCAGGCGGCAGGGUUUUUGAUAACAGGGUUAACGGCAAUUUGGCACUUUCUCGAGCGUUGGGCGAUUUUAUUUUCAAGAGGAAUGAGGAAAAACCCCCCGAGGAACAAAUUGUAACAGCCUACCCAGAAGUACAAGUGCAUGAGUUAACCCCAGACUGGGAGUUCGUGGUGGUCGCCUGUGAUGGUAUAUGGGAUGUAAUGAGCAACGAAGAAGUCGUAGCGUAUGUAAGGGAACGAAUUGCAACGGGCAUGGAACCUGAGGAGAUUUGUGAAAGCCUAAUGAUGACCUGCCUAGCACCUGAUUGCGUGAUGGCAGGUUUAGGUUGUGAUAAUAUGACUGUUGUAAUUAUCGGACUUUUACAAGGUGAAAGCUACAAACAACUAUCGGCAAAAUGUGGUAGAACUUAUAUUUCAGAAGAUAAAAAAGAAGAAAAUUAUCUUCUGUGAGCUAUUGUUAAAUGAAUGUACUUUUAAUGUGAAAAUAAACUUGUACAUAAUUA